AUGGGUGUCACCCUAAACCCAGUUGAACUAACGGGAUUAGGACCGACACCACCGCUACAGGUGGCACAAGAGCAGGUGGCGGACUCACAGCUGCAAUAUGAUAAUUCGUUCAGCGCCGGUCAACAAAGGGGAACCGGAAACAUGCUGGCACCCCGACAACAGAUGGUGGCGCCAACGCAACACAUGCCUAGACCAACUGUUGACGCUACCACCUUGAUUUUGGAAAAGAUGCGGGAACUAGAGGAAAGAGUGUUGAGGGCUAAGGCCGGCACUCUUCCGCCAGCACAUAAUCCACUAUUUGCAGCACAACCAGGUCCAUUUACCACCAGAAUCUUACAAACUGUCAGACCCACAUAUGCCAAGACACCCAAGAUAGCCCAAUUUGGCGACCCAACAGAUCCAUUCGUACACAUGGACACUUUCAAGAAAGUAACCAACAACAAGGGAUUUGAUGAUGCAAUGCUUUGUCACCUAUUCAACGAGACGUUGGAUGGCGAGGCAAUGAGUUGGUUUUUCGAAUGCCCACCGGGUUCCAUGGACUCGUUCUCCACUCUGUCAAACGCAUUUCUGUCAAGAUUCAUCCUCAUGACGGACGGUUACUACAACUCCAGCCAAUUAUUCAGCAUCAACCAAGGUGUUGAUGAGUCAUUAAAAUCAUUUGUCACAAGGUGGAGGACCGCCACAUCUAGAUGUGGGGAUCUUGAUAAAACAAUGGAGCUGGCAGCCUUCAAGCAAGGACUCCACAGGGCAAGUUUUCUAUACCACCUCAACUGUAAUUGUCCAAAUGCCACAUAUGACUACAUCAUGAAUGAGACAGUCCUACUUGCCUUAGCUGAAUACAGCUCCUAUGGUACCACACCACCACCACCACCACCACCACCACAAACUCCACUAAAAAACCCCCAACCCGCUACAUUCCAAUAA